GCUGUCCAGCAAUGUCUGGCAGUACAAUGUGAACACCAUGUUCAUGGAAGUGUUAGCCUGGAAGGAUGAGCGGUCUCAUUCUGUGGUGAAAACAUUUGGGCUCACUGCGUUCCACCUCACUGACUUUCUGGAGAUGCAAUUUCAGCAAUGGAGCAGAAACAGCCAGCACAAGCCCUGCGUCAUUACCUGGCUCACAGUGUACAGGCAGAGCCCAUACCGCUGGUCCAGACACGUGCAGCUCAGAGGAGAGACAGCAGACAUUCGGCUCUACAACUGCACCACUAGGAAGGAAAUCAAAGUCCGACAUCUAUCCACACCAGUUACUAUUGAAUUUCAGAGGAAAGAGGAGACAAAUCAGAGUCCACACGCACGGUUCACUCUUCUGCACGGUCAGGUGAACACUCAUCAGUUCAACAUAACGUCACAGACCCUUCAGAGAGCUCUUCAGAUCACUGUGCAGUUUAACAGGCCAGCUGAACGCCCCUUUCCCAUCCUGCUGCUGCUUAGGAUGUAUGAGCAGCCAACACCUAAUCUAUACAACAAACAGAACAUAUAUCACUGGAAAGGACAGACGGCUCACAUCUUCCUCCCUCAAUCCUAUUUACAUGCUGCUGGUUCUGUGUACCUGAGGCUUCUCAAUGCAGACUAUAAUAAAAGCCCUAGCAACAAGUACAUCGCCAGAGCUGUGAACUACACACUUCGCAUUGAGUCUGUGGAGUGUUUGUCCUGGGAUGGUGUGAAAGAGUGGAAGCCCAGUGGCUGUUUUCCUCAUGGUGGGCUUUCCGCAGACAAGAUCUACUGCAGGAAGGCUGAUGUUUCCAUACAGAAAACUACAGGCUCAUUUCUGCUACCAGAAAACAACCCCUCAGACCAGUUUCUCUAUGCUGUCACCAUAGACACAGGAUUGAGAUCUAGAACCAGAAUGACAGCAAAGGUCCAUAUUGUUCUGUAUGGAGAUAAAGGUGUCUCUCAAACCAGGGAACUCAGCAGCUCUGACUCCAAACUCUUUACAUGCAACUCAAGGAAUACCUUUAUUCUCAGUUUCCCAGAGAGUCUGGGUCGAGUAUGGAAGGUGCAUCUUUGGCAUGAUAAUGGAGGUUCAUCUCCCAGAUGGUAUCUGAGCCAUGUGGUGGUCAAAGACCUGGUGCAGGGGUCCUGCUGGUUCUUCCUGGGCCAGUGCUGGCUGGCAGUGGAUGAGGGAGAUGGAAGGGUGGAGAGGAGUUUAGUUGCUUCUGAAUGCAGCCUGACAUUUAAACAGGUGAACCCUUAUGUUGUUAGUGAUAUACAGCUGGUUGAAUAUGGCUAUAGAUUUGUGUCUGUGCAGGGAUAG